AUGUCAUUAGAUUUAUCUACGUUAUCACAAGACCUUCAAUUCCUAUUGCGCAACUUCCCCCACUAUAUCAAUUUCAAUGAUCAAUUUUAUUUUACCUUGGCCACUAUUGCAUUCAAUCCAAUCUUUUGGAACAUUGUUGCUCGUUUAGAAUACAAUACCCACUUCUUGACUAAAUUAGCUGGUGGAUCGGCCAAAAUUGGGUGCUAUAUUUUGGCAUUUACCAUUUUCUCCUUGGGUAUUUAUCGUGAUUCAGUUUAUCACAAUUUAUUACUGAACCAACCAACUUAUCAACCAUUGAUUGAUUCUCCUGUGAUUAAGCUGUUGGCAAUUGCUAGUUUUGGUUUUGGUAAUGUUUUGGUGUUGUCAUCAAUGUGGGCAUUGGGUAUAACUGGCACUUAUCUUGGUGAUUAUUUUGGUAUCUUGAUGAAGGAAAGAGUUACUGGUUUCCCAUUCAACAUUAAUGAUAAUCCAAUGUAUAAUGGAUCAACUUUAUGCUUUUUGGGUACUGCUUUAUGGUACGGAAAACCUGUAGGAUUGGCCAUUACUUUGUUUGUAUUUGUUAUGUAUAAAAUUGCUUUAUUGUUUGAAGAGCCAUUUACAGCAAAGAUUUACGCCAAUCGUGACAAGUGGGAGUAG